UCCAUUCAAACACACCAAACUCCGCGCCCCGGGAUGCGACAGUCGCUGUAGAAGGAGAGAAGGCGGCAGCAGCAGCAGAACCAGAACCAGAACCACACAUUUUACCUCAGAAACCCCGACCAGCAGGAGGGUGAAACAGCCAGCAAGAGACACAGUAGUCCGUCAGCCCGCAGCCGGAACACACUCACUGAGCGCAGUCUGCUAGCAGGAGGCUAACGGCUAACACCGACAUGGCGAGCGCCUCAUACCACAUCUCCAACCUGCUGGAGAAAAUGACCUCCAGCGACAAGGAUUUCAGGUUUAUGGCCACGAACGACCUGAUGACAGAGCUACAGAAAGACUCAAUCAAACUGGACGACGACAGCGAGAGGAAGGUGGUGAGGAUGAUUCUCAAACUGUUGGAAGACAAGAAUGGAGAAGUUCAGAAUCUGGCUGUCAAAUGCCUGGGGCCCCUGGUCAGUAAGGUGAAGGAGUACCAGGUGGAGACGAUCGUGGACACGCUGUGCACCAACAUGUUGUCGGACAAAGAACAACUCAGAGACAUUUCCUCCAUCGGACUGAAGACUGUGAUCGGAGAGUUACCGCCCGCCUCCAGUGGCUCUGCUUUAGCCGCCAGUGUUUGUAAGAAGAUAACGGGUCGUCUCACGAGCGCCAUCGCCAAACAGGAGGACGUCUCUGUGCAGCUGGAGGCGCUCGACAUCAUGGCCGACAUGCUCUGCAGACAGGGAGGUCUGCUGGUGAAUUUCCACCCCUCCAUCCUCAGCUGUCUCCUCCCCCAGCUCACGUCCCCCAGACUGGCUGUCAGAAAGAGGACCAUCAUGGCUCUGGGACACCUGGUGAUGUCCUGUGGGAACCUGGUCUUCAUCGACCUCAUCGAACACCUGCUGACGGAGCUGGGGAGGAACGACAAUAUGUCCACCACCAGGACCUACAUCCAGUGCACGGCGGCCAUCAGCAGACAGGCCGGACACAGGAUCGGAGAGUAUCUGGAGAAAAUCAUUCCUCUGGUGGUGAAGUUCUGCAACGUGGACGAUGACGAGCUCAGAGAGUACUGCAUCCAGGCCUUCGAGUCCUUCGUCAGGAGGUGUCCUAAAGAAGUCUACCCCCACGUUCCCACCGUCAUCUCCAUCUGUCUGCGUUACCUGACCUACGACCCCAACUACAACUUCGACGAUGAAGACGAGGACGACAACGCCAUGGACGCAGAGCAGAACGACGAAGACUACCAAGGCAGUGAUGAUGAGUACAGCGAUGACGACGACAUGAGCUGGAAGGUUCGGCGGGCGGCGGCAAAGUGUUUGGACGCCGUUGUGUCGACACGUCACGAGAUGCUGCCGGAGUUUUACCGCUCAGUCUCUCCUGCACUCGUCUGUCGCUUCAAGGAGCGGGAGGAGAACGUGAAGGCGGACGUUUUCCACGCCUACCUGUCGCUGCUCAAACAGACCAGACCGGCUCAGAGCUGGUUGGCCGAUCCAGACGCCAUGGAGCAGGGAGACACGCCGCUGACGAUGCUGCAGAGCCAGGUUCCCAUGAUCGUCAAAGCUCUUCACAAGCAGCUGAAGGAGAAAAGUGUGAAAACUCGUCAGUGUUGUUUCAACAUGUUGACGGAGCUGGUGAACGUCCUGCCCGGAGCACUGACUCAGCACAUCCCAGUACUAAUACCUGGCAUCAUCUUCUCUCUGAACGAUAAGUCGAGCAGCUCCAACCUGAAGAUCGACGCCUUGGCCUGCCUCCACGUCAUCAUGGUCACGCAUCCCGCUCACGCCUUCCACGCCCACGUCCCCGCCCUUGUCCCGCCUGUGGUGGCCUGCGUAGGAGACCCCUUUUACAAGAUCACCUCUGAGGCUCUGCUCGUCACUCAGCAGCUCGUCAAGGUGAUCCGACCUCUGGACAACCUAUCGGAAGGCUCGGAUAGCUUCGACCCCUCCCCCUACAUCAACGACCUGUUCACCUGUACGAUCAAACGCCUGAAAGCCGCCGACAUUGAUCAGGAGGUCAAAGAGCGAGCCAUCUCCUGCAUGGGACAGAUCAUCUGUAACCUAGGCGACCGGCUGCCCACCGAGCUCCCGGGAACGCUGCUGAUCUUCUUAGAACGCCUCAAGAACGAGAUCACGAGACUGACGACAGUGAAAGCUUUGACGCUGAUCGCUGGCUCGCCGCUGAAAAUCGAUCUGAGGCCGGUUCUCCCCGACGCUGUUCCUAUCCUCGCUUCCUUCCUCCGCAAGAACCAGCGAGCCCUGAAACUCUGCACGCUCGCCGCUCUGGACAUCCUGCUCAGAAACUACAGCUCUGCGGUGACUCCAGUCAUGGUGGACGCUGUCCUGGCCGAGCUGCCUCCCCUCAUCUCGGAGAGCGACAUGCAUGUGUCUCAGAUGGCGCUGAGCUUCCUGUCCACGCUGGCGGUGACUCACCCGUCCUCGCUGGGUCAGCUGAGCGGAGGAAACAUCCUCCAGCAACUCAUCGCGCUGGUUCGAUCCCCGCUGCUGCAGGGCGGGGCGCUCGCCGCCAUGCUGGACUUCUACCAGGCUCUCGUGGCCACAGAAACUCCUGGUCUGGGCUACAUGGACCUGCUGAGGAUGCUGACCGGUCCGGUUUACUCCCAGAGUGCCGCUCUGCCUCACAAACAGGCGUACUGCUCCAUCGCCAAGUGUGUCGCCGCUCUGACCAGAGCCUGUCCCACGGAGGGACCGGCCGUGGUGGGACAGUUCAUCCAGGACGUGAAGAACAGCCGCUCCACAGACUCCAUCAGGCUGCUUGCUCUGCUCUCAUUGGGCGAGGUGGGACACCAUGUGGACCUCAGCAGCCAACCAGAGCUGAAGACGGUCAUACUGGAUGCCUUCUCCUCCUCCAGUGAAGAGGUGAAGUCUGCAGCCUCCUACGCGUUGGGCAGCAUCGCGGUGGGGAAUCUUCCAGAGUAUCUGCCCUUCGUCCUGCAGGAGAUCUCGUCCUCCAAGAGACAGUAUCUGCUGCUGCACUCGCUCAAAGAGAUCAUCAGCUCGGCAUCGGUGUCCGGUCUGAAGCCGUACGUGGAGUCGGUUUGGUCUCUGCUGCUCAAACACUGCGAGUGUCAGGAGGAGGGAACCAGGAACGUGGUCGCUGAGUGUCUCGGCAAACUGACGCUGAUCGACCCCGAGACCCUGCUGCCCCGCCUCAAAGGAUACCUGCUGUCAGGUUCGUCGUACGCCCGGAGCUCCGUGGUAACGGCGGUGAAGUUCACCAUCUCUGACCAACCACAGCCGAUCGACCCACUGCUGAAGAACUGCAUAGGUGAUUUCCUGAAGACGCUGGAGGACCCGGACCUGAACGUGCGUCGCGUUGCCUUGGUAACGUUUAACUCCGCAGCCCACAACAAACCCAGUCUGAUCCGGGAGCUGCUGGACUCGGUUCUACCACAACUGUACAACGAGACCAAAGUCCGGAAGGAGCUGAUCCGAGAGGUGGAGAUGGGUCCGUUCAAACACACGGUGGACGACGGGCUGGACCUGAGGAAGGCUGCGUUCGAGUGCAUGUACACUCUGCUGGACAGCUGCUUGGACCGGCUCGACAUCUUCACCUUCCUCAACCACGUCGAGGACGGACUCAAGGACCACUACGACAUCAAGAUGCUGACGUUCCUGAUGCUGGCCAGGCUGUCGUCCCUGUGUCCCAGUGCUGUUCUGCAGAGACUGGACAGACUGGUGGAGCCGCUGAGAGCCACGUGCACCACCAAGGUGAAGGCCAACUCUGUGAAGCAGGAGUUCGAGAAGCAGGACGAGCUGAAGCGGUCGGCGAUGCGAGCCGUCGUCGCCCUGCUGACGAUCCCCGAGGCUGAGAAGUCGCCGCUGAUGUCAGAGUUCCAGUCCCAGAUCUCAUCCAAUCAAGAGCUGGCGGCCAUCUUCGACUCCAUCCAGAGGGACUCCAGCUCCGCCAACAUGGAGUCCAUGGACACCAGCUAAAAAGAUGGACAAAUCAAAUUCCCCACGAUGCAACACGGCACCACCCCCCGCUGCUGGAGCGCUAACCCUGCAGCAUGUUUCCAUGACAACAGGACGCACACACACACACACACACACACACACACACACACACACACACUUGUAGUGACACACCCUCUCCUAGCGAUUGAUCGUUCCAUGAUGCAUUGCACUGAAGUCAGCUGUUGGGAAAGAAAGGAAGAAGACUGAUGUACGGCUCACACACACGGACAAAAAGGACAAAAACAAAGAACAAAAAAAGAAGAAAAAAGAAAAAAAAAAAGAAGAAAUUCCAGAAAAAUAAGUUCCAUAUGAGGCUUGGAAGCUCCUCCUACUUCCUGUUUGUUUUUCUAGCGAGGUCGUCUGAUUGGUUGAUCUCCCUGUUCAUCAUCAUUCUUCUCUUUUUUUAUUUUAAUUUUUUUUGUUUUCAUAAUUCCAGAAAGUUCCACAGGUACUGUAACCUGAUUGGCCGCUGCUGAGUGACUGACAGUUGGCGUGUUAUAAAAACUGACCAAUGGGGGGGGGGGAACGGCCUUUCCUGCCUGAGGCUAUGGUGACCAAUGGGAGAAGGGCUCGCUCUGGUUUUUUGCGAAUGACGUAGGCGACCAAUAGGAUGCUUUGGGGGGGGUGACGGCGGGUGGGAGGGGUUUUACUGUUUGUGGACCAAUCAGCUUCGUUGUUUACCCUAAUUCAGUUGACCCGCCCCUUCACUCCUUAGAAAGAAGGGAGAGAGGGAGGGAGGGAGGGAGGAGGAGGGAUUAUUGGACCAGGUCCCAUCUGACCAGACCUGACUGGACCCAUGCUGAUGACAAUACUGUUUGGCUGUUGCCAUGGUAACGCUGUACGUGCAUAGUAACGAUGUUUGGAUCAUUCCGUUUGUUCCCGUGAGUCCGGCCCCAAAACCGGCUCCAGCCAGUUGCCGUCUGGUCAGGACCAGUUGGAUUCGCUGUGUCCUGGUCUGGUUGGAUCCGGUUUGGUAAAAACGGGACUCGGUCUGGUUUCAGUCAGGCCUGGUCCGGACAGCCCACUGUUGUUUAUCGCCCAAGAAAAAUAAAAAAAGGUCCAUUUCUGCCUGCCUUCAUACUC